CCCGGGACUCUGGCGGGACAAGGUUUCGGAGCAUACAUAAACAUGGGGCCGCAUCUGUUGAUCGUUGGAGCUGUUUUCGCCCGAUCUCUCGACGACGUCCGACAUGGCGAUUACGGAUUUCGAGUUCCUGCGGUCUCGGAAGAAAGCGAAAGCGCAGGAUGGAGGUGGGGAGCAGGUCCUCAAUGCGACAGAUGAGAGGGAGAAAGUUGUUCAGGACGAUGGCGCUGCGGCAGUCGCGAAUGUAGAGGUCGACCUCCUUAGGCUCAUUCUCUUUUUCGAGCGGAAGCAAUGGCGUCUCAUCAAGAUCUCGAGCUUUUUAUACGUGCUUUCAUGCAUCUUCAUGCUCCUCGUAGAAAUCGGUAACACGCACAACAGGCCUGUCCUACGGGAAAGCUAUUUCUUGAAAAUCGACGUCUCGAAUAUCCUUCCCUCUACCUCCCCUGAGGACGCAAUACUCGUGAAUUCCAUCGCUCGAAGUAUUGGAAUCCACGACUUUUAUCAAGUUGGGCUGUGGAACUUCUGCGAGGGGUAUAACGAUGAGGGCAUUACUGAUUGUUCCAAACCCAAGAAUCUCUGGUGGUUCAACCCCGUGGCAAUCAUACUUGGCGAACUCCUCUACGGAGCCACAAUCGCCCUUCCUUCAAAAAUAACCACCAUUCUAACACUAAUUCGCAUCGUCUCAAACCUAAUGUUCAGCUCCUUCCUCUUAAGCAUCAUCACAUCCUUCCUCCUGAUCUUCCUCUCACCUCUCGUCCUUCUGUCCCGUUGGUACAGCUACCAUUUCGUAACCUUCGCAUUCAUCUCUGGACUCCUUAACUUCAUUGCAUCAACCACAGCAUGUGUCAUGUACGUCAUAUUCCAGAAAGUCAUUACUUCGCAGAAAGAGUUGAAUAUCAGCGCGAGUUUGGGAGUCAGGAUGUUUGUGUUUAUGUGGCUGGGCACGGUGUUUAGCAUGGCGGGGUGGGCGGUGCAUCUCCAUUUGGCGAUUGUGAGUCGGAAGAAACAUCAUGCUACGAGGAGGGAAAGGAGAGAGAGGAAGCGGGAGCGGGAGGGGAAGAGUCCGAGGAGAUGUCCUCAGCUUUCGUUGCCUGGGUUUUGGAGGCGGAGGAGGGAGGCGAGACGAUCUGGUGGAGAAGUUGUGGUAAUUAUUGAGGAGUAGGAUCUUCUAGCUGGGUAUUUAAUGUCCAAGAUUUUUUUGGAGAAUGACAUACUAGUCUCCCUCAGGAUCUCUUAGGGAGUGUGACGUGAAGGCAAAUUAUGACAAAUGGCCAAGUGAUGAAUAAGUACCAGC